GCCGCGUUUAUGGUUGCGCGCUGCGUGAGUGCCGGGGUGAGUGGUUAAUCGAGUGAACUUCGUUUGUGAUAGAUCCGUGCGCGGUUCGCGGACUGGAAGGUUACAGGCACCAGAGGAUUCUUGCUGUCCCCUGGUCCUGAAACUUGCGACCUAGGUUGCAUGUCCCCAUAUCCUUGUUUAAUGGAGAGAACUCAGCCAAGCUUCGUUGCUGCUAGCUCCAAAAGCAUUCGAUUUGUCUGUGAGAAGCUGAAAAUCAUCUUUUAGAAAGUUGCGCUUCGAUUCUCUGCCCGCUACCCCCAAUCCCUUAAUUACUCUGUAGAAGUUGGGGCUUUUUGAACAUCUCUCUCACAGUCACAGUCUAGUGCUGGUUUAACUGCAUAAUGACUUUCUAUUUCUCUGGUAUUCGAAGCCUUCCUAAGCUUUGGAAGAGCAACCCAUACCUUGGGCUAGGCCCAGGUCACUCUCAUCUCUUUCUCUUUCUCAAAGACUGUUAUGGUAUCGGGAACCAAGAGAAGUGGUUUUCUCUUAAAACGAUGUCUCCACAGAAUACCAAAGCAAUGAAUUUACCGAUUGCCAGGGCCAGAUACGUCAGGAAAAGAGAUGAGGGCAAUAAUAAGCAAGUUUCUGCUGAUUCUCCUCACAUGUUUGCAGCUGGAGCGGCUAAGAAGAGAUCACAGAUGAAUCCUCCAAGUAAAGAUCAUGACUUGCCACCUGUGAGCAACAUUAUUCAACUCCCGACAAAACCUUUGAAUUCAGAGGAGUGGGAUAAACUUAAGGAAGAAUUCAAAGGAAAAGCUGAUUUUGAAAAUUGGAUCAUUUUACAGAUGGUUAAAUGCCAUAGCUCUGUAGAUGUGGCCAAAUCUGUGCUGGCCUGGGUAGCUGCAAAAAACAAUGGUAUUGUAGGCUAUGAUUUGCUAGUUAAGUAUUUGUGUCUCUGUGUUUUUCAUAAGCAGACAUCAGAAAUUAUUGACGUCUAUGAAAUCAUGAAAGCCAGAUACAAACGUUUAGAAUCAGGAGCGUACACUCUUCUCAUCCGGGGAUUAAUCCAUACAGACAGAUGGAGAGAGGCCUUGCUGCUGUUAGAGGACAUCAAAAAAGUCAUGGUUCCUUCAAAAAAGAACUAUAAUGACUGUAUCCAGGGAGCCCUCUUUCAUCAAGAUGUAAAUCUAGCUUGGAAUUUGUAUCAGGAGUUGUUAGGCCAUGAUAUUGUUCCUAUGUUGCAAACUUUAAAAGCUUUCUUUGAUUUUGGGAAAGACAUAAAAGAUGAUCAGUAUUCAGACAAACUACAAGACAUUCUUUUGUACCUAAGAAAUAAUCAGCUAUAUCCUGGGGAGUCAUUUGCACACAGUAUAAAAACAUGGUUUGAAAGUGUUCCUGGAGAACAAUGGAAGGGACAAUUCACCACAAUCCAGCAAAGUGGUCAGUGUUCGGGCUGUGGAAAGACUGUAGAGUCUAUUCAUCUGAGUUCAGAAGAGUAUGAAUUUCUCAAGGAAGGAAUCAUGAGGGAUGUGAUAGAUGGAGGUGACCAAUACAAAAAGACGACACCUCAGGAACUUAGGAGAUUUCAAAACUUUGUAAAACACUGUCCUCCUUUUGAUAUUGUCAUUGAUGGGCUCAAUGUUGCCAAAAUGUUUCCUAAAGCUCGUGAAUCUCAAGUUCUCUUGGAUGUGGUCUCUCAACUAGCCAAGCAGAAUCUUCAAGUGCUGGUCCUGGGCCGGAAGCAUAUGUUAAUGCAGAAUUCCUGGUGGAGAAAGGAUGAGAUGGAAAAGAUGCAAAAGCAAGCCAGCUUUUUUUUUGCUGACAACAUCUCGGAGGACGAUCCGUUCCUUCUGUAUGCCGCACUGCAUUCGGGGAACCACUGCAAGUUUAUCACGAAAGAUCUGAUGCGGGACCACAAGGCCUGUCUGCGUGAUGCCAAGACCCAACGCCUGUUCUUUAAGUGGCAGCAGGGACAUCAACUGGCAAUUGUUAGUAGGCAUCCGGGAUCAAAAAUAACUUUUCAGCAUAUUCUCAGCUAUGAUACCGUGGUGCAAACAACUGGAGACUCAUGGCACAUACCUUAUGAUGACGACCUGGUGGAAAGAUAUUCCUACGAAGUGCCAACCAAAUGGCUUUGCCUUCACCAGAAGACGUAAAGACUCUUACCCCCAAGCUAAACUUGUGUUUGGGUGUCCUCCUGGUUGGCAUCAGAGCUCUUUAGUGGAUGCUUGUUUAGAGCAUCGCUUCUGUCCUAUCUGAUCCAGUUUGUCCUGUUUGGUGCAGUUGACCCAGUGAAGAGAAAAUCUCAAAGGAGAAGCCUGA